GGGGUUUUGCUCUUGCUCUUCCUUCACCGACAGUGGAAGGGGGUGCAUGAUCCUCUUCCAAAUGCCCUCAUCUCAUUGAAGUGGAUCGUGUCCUUGGAAUGGUAGAUGGUGACGCGUAACGGCGAAACGCUUUAUGCUCAAGUGAAACGAAAUAAUCGUUUGUAAGCAAAUUCUGGCGAUCGGAAAAUAUCCAGAUACCAGGCCAAAGAUUUUGGAUUGGAAAUAAAGAAUUUGUUGCGAAACGCUUUAUGCUCAAGUGAAACGAUAUAAUCGUUUGUAAGCAAAUUUUGACGAUCGGAAAAUAUCCAGAUACCAGGCCAAAGAUUUUGGAUUUGAGACAGAGCUUAUUGCGUAAUUUGUGAAUAUGGAUCUUGAAGAACAUCUGUGGAUUACAUGUGCAAUAUUUUUGGCAACGAAUAAUGUUGGAUACCUUUGGAAAUCGAACAGCUGAAGUUUAAUCAUGCUAAUUUGAUAAUUCACGUGGAUAUAGUCAAAUCUUGAGCUAAGAAAUCAACGAGUUAAAUUUGCAGUUUGUUCAGACAGAAAUAUUCUACUAAUCGGAAAGUGACCAAGAGAAAUAAAAUUCAGUCCAAAUCGCUUAAUUUAUCGCCAGUUUAAAAUUGCUGUUGAAGAACUGCCGAAAAGUUUGAAUAAACGGUGCGUUUUUACUUUAGGAUUAUGUGAGCUGAAUAUUAAAAUAUUGAACUUUAGAAUGCAAAUGGAUAUCUGACCUUCCAGAAUUUGUAAACAGAGCUGUCCGUCCGAAGAGGUGUACACCGUUCGUCGAGCCCCUACUAAACGAAUGGACUCCGCCACCCCCACCAUCAUGCCACCCUCCGCGGGGGAGACCUCGACGGUUCAGAGCCGCAGCGCGAGCGGGGCCAGCGCCACUUCGGCCGCUGCCCGCUCCCUAUCCAUGAACUCCGUGAGCAGCGAGGGGUCGGCCGAGAGCCACGUUGUGGAGCAGGAGGACAUCAUCGUCCUCACGCAUGAUGUCCGAAGCUUUAAAGAGGCUCUCGGGAAGCUCAGGAGAAUAUUUCACCCUGAAAGAGAUAAGACCGAAACGAUGCGGGUCGCCGCCCACGAGCGGCUGGGUGAAGUCCUGAGGAUCCUUCGUAGCAUGCUGGAGAAGUAUCCGCCCAUCCAGUCCACAGAACUGCUCAUGACGGCGGGCAAUCUCAUCCAAGAAGUAAAAAGAUAUAAUUAUGAAGACGAAAAAUCUGAUCCAACGAUCUUUUUUGAUGCUAUCGACCAACUGGCUUUGGCUUUUAGCAGCAGAGUAUCGGAAUAUUUAAUGGGUGAUCUUGAUAGCUCAUCUCAACCUGUACCCAAAACUAGAUCUUGUGAUAACUUAUUGUCUGCUGAAGGUGAAUGUGAUCCUUUUGUUCGAGACAAAAGGUCAACUAUAAUUCUUCCACCAGAAGAAGUUGAUGCUAGAUUAGCUAGACUGAGUGAUGGUGUCGAAUUAGCUUUGAGGAGAGCUAAAGUGUGGUCUAAAUAUGCCAAGGAUGUUAUGACAUAUAUUGAAAAGCGCUGCUGUGCGGAGGCUGAACAUGCCAAAAACCUAGUCAAGUUAGCACAAACUAUGAAACCUAUUUUAAAGGAAGAGAGCUUUCUGCCCUUUCAAUCCAUAUAUUAUAUGGCACUAGACCAGGAUUAUGAUAAUGGGCAAGCAAGUCUGAAAACUAGUGCUGUACUGCAGGGGCACAAGUUCAUUGAGCCUCUAACAGCCAGAAGAAAUGAACAUGAAAGAUAUAGAAAACAAAUAAAGGAAACGUGGCAUAGAGAAGUGAAGAGAACACAAGAAUCUAUUGUAAAUCUGCGUAAAGCAAAAGCAUUAUAUUUUCAACGACAGCAAGAAUAUGAGAAGGCCAAGGAAUCAGCUUUAAAAGCUGAAAAUUGUGAAGGAGUUGAAGCUAGUAAAAUUGAUAAGAAGAGACGUGUUGAAGACGAUGCUUUGCAAAAAGCUAUGGAGGCAGAAACAACUUACAAGUCAUGUAUUCUUGAAGCAAAUGAAAGGCAACUUGCUUUAGAAAAGAUGAAAUGUGAAGUCUUGCAACAAGUUCGUGAAUUGGUUUACCAAUGUGACCAAACAAUGAAAGCAGUUACUGUAGGCUAUUUUCAGUUACAGUCCACGUUAUCAGCUCAGGCACCAGUACAAUUCCAAACAAUGUGUGAAAGUAGUCGUUUAUAUGAACCUGGAACACAAUACAUGGAAUUUGUUAAAAGACUACCACAACCCACAAGUCCAGCAUCUAAUGGAGCAAUGCCUUUUACUUUUGAAUCAUAUUCAUCAGAAAACAGGUUAGACAAGUCCAGGAAGUCUAAUGGUUCUACUGAAAGUAAUGAAGAUAUUCUUAAUCAUGGACUUCUGGAGUCCAGGCUUUCCUCUGAUAGUCGAGAAAAACUGCGACAACCUAUUAAAGCUUGGGGAUCUCCUACUCAACCUAAUGGCAGUGAUUCUGACAGUAUGAGUAGUUGCCCUAGCAAUAAAUCCCAAGAUACAAGCCCUGCUGCUAGUCCUCACAUUUCAGCAAGGAAAGUCAUCCAUGUUUCUUCCGGGGAUGAGUUAGAAACAGAUCAUGACAAUGCUGAUGCAUUUGUCCCAGGUAGAAGAGCAUGCAUGUCAAAAGCAGCUGAGACACAUUCGUUUAGAAGAUUGAAAACCCCUUCCAGAUGUCGAGAAUGUGAUUCCUAUGUAUAUUUUCAUGGAUUUGAAUGCCUUGAGUGUGGUCUUGCUAGUCAUAAAAAGUGCCUGGAAUCUUUGGCAAUUCAGUGUGGUCGAAAACGCUUGCCUCGCAAAAUGAACACUUUUGGUGUUGAUUUAACCACUCAUGCUCAGGAAUCUGGAGAGGAAAUACCAUAUAUUGUUAGUAAAUGUAUUGCAGAGGUAGAAGAUAAAGGUUUUUGCUUGAAGGGCAUUUAUCGAGUAUCUGGAGUCAAAUCAAAGGUUGAAAAACUGUGCCAGAGUUUUGAAAAUGGUGCUGAAUUAGUGGAUCUGGAUGGCAUGCAUCCAAAUGUAGUUUCUAACGUCUUGAAACUUUAUUUGAGACAGCUUCCGGAACCUCUUUUAACCUAUAGGCUAUAUCCGGAUUUUAUUAAAGUUGCAAAAGAUUUUCCUUCUCAAAAGUGUGAAGAUAAUCUUUCUACGGAAGCUAUCAUUGAAGAACUGCGAAAACUUGUACAGCGUCUUCCACCUAUACAUCUUUCUACACUUAAAUGCCUCAUGCAUCAUUUAUACAGAGUCUCGGAACAUUCAAAUCACAACAAUAUGCCACCAAGUAAUUUGGGCAUAGUUUUUGGACCAACUCUUUUGAGAACAAGUGAAGGUAGUGCUUCUUUGAGUUCUUUGAUAGACACUGUUCAUCAAACAAGAGUCAUUGAACUUCUCAUUAUGUAUGCCUACGAGAUUUUUGGUCCACCAGUUAAAUCUAGUCAAAAUCAGGAUUUGUGCUCACACAAAAUAAAAUCUAAGUCAGCUCGAUACAGAGGUGGUAAACAGGCUCUGAAUCGCACUGUUUCAGGUUCCAGUCAAACUAGUGACAUAGAAGAGUCUCCAUUCAUUGAAGAAGACCAUCACAGAGAUGAAAUGCCAGAUCUCGAUACUUACCCUAUUCCGGGUUAUCUUCCUACUGAUAAGAGUCAAGAGUUUGAAACAUCUCAUCAGAGUUCAGAUGUAACACAUUCUUCAGAUGAUCUUCUUUACUCCACAAUUACAUCUGAUGAUGAUUACCCUGAAAUCCUACUUCCUGAUGAUGCAGUUUUCAAAAAAUCUCCAUUGCUGACUUGUAAUCUCGGCCAGUUAACUGACAGCAAACCUAAUGGCGAUUCCCUAAAACCUACAGAACAAUCCUCAAUGCACAUAAAAGUGCAGGACACUCGAGCAUCCUUGUCAUCAUCUCCUGCUGUAUCGGAAGCAAGUCAUUGUAGUUCUCUUCUCCGUUCUACAGAUGACGAAUCCAUAUCUGAUCCUCCUUGGAAAGAUGGUCCAGUGCCACCACCUCGAAAAAAUGCUCCAGCGAACUUGCAGUUAAACCAAAGCUUCUUGCAUGGAUCCAUGGAACGUAAACAAGGAAACUCUUCUCUCUCGGAAUCAUCAGGAGUAUCCUCUGCAGCAUCGACCAGUCCAAGUGCUGUAGAUACAUCUGGUCAGAGUGAUCCAGGAAAUCUUUAUACUUCUACUGCCCAGGUUACUCUUGCUGGACAGAAGAGUCCAUCUCAAGUGUCGAGGGCAUCCACAUCUUCAAUGACGGCGGAGUUGAGGCGACAGUUCUUUGAGUUACCUCCACCGCUGCCAUCUGGGACACCACCACCCACCUCACGAGCAGGUCAAAUAGAGGUUGUGAAACAAAUCACAGAUUUUAAUGAGUGUGGUACUGUGUCUAGUUCGGAUUCAUUGUCAAAGAUGUCAGCAGUAGAAAUGACUAGUAGUAGUUCAGAUGUUCGGAGGGAACAAGAAUCUUCAUCUGUGCAACAAGGAACUUGUAGCCGGCCUAGAGGAUCUAGUCUUUCGCAUGCAUGUGCUGCUGAUUCACUUUCCUCUAAUACUCAUCACAGAAAGGAAGAAAAUUCCAGCACAACUUCAGAAAUAACAUAUUCAUUGAAAAUGGAAGCACCCGUCAGCCACACAAACGAGAUCCUGAUUGAUCGACUGACUGAAGGCAGGGAUACAGUCGAUUUCAGAAGUUACCUCUCCAGCAAAAUGGAGAAAUUUGAUCGGAUGGAUCAUGAAGGUAAAAAAAGAACUGAAAUGUUUACAGUCAAGCAUGUUCUUCAAAGUGUGGAUCUACCAUGCCGGACAACUGGCAUUACAGAUCUUGAAAGUCUGAACAGUUCUAUGGUGAACAGGAGGUUUUUAGAAUCAGCUUCAGAAAAUCAGACAGUCGAUUCAUCGGAGGGAAAGAGUACAAAAGGUAAUGACAAACUGUCAUUGAACCGACAACCUCGUUUUGUGUAGAUGGUAUGAGAAGAAAAUAAAAGCGCUUCCUCGUAGUUAAGUUGUAUAUAAUAGUGUGUAUAAGCUUAUGUAAAAGCGCUUUGAUGUGCCAGACUUGACUCUUGUGAAUACCUCAUCUGUACAGCAUAAUACAAAUGAAAAAGACCAUACCAAAAACAUUUUAACCUUAUUUUCCGCAGCUGUGGCAAGAUUAGCAACAGAGGCUUGUAAAUUUUUUGAAAGUCUUUUAGUCAAAAGGAUAAAAUCAAAAAAUAUAUGUGUCCACUUUUAUGUUAUGUGACUUAUGCAUUUGCCAGCAAUUACUCACAUUAGGAAUUCUGCAUGUGAGUUGUGCAGUUUAUCUCCCCUCAACCCCUCUAGAACACUCUUCAGCCUGCCCCCCUCCUCUAUUUUUUCUACUUAUUAGCAUAUAUGCUUAGAUUAAUAUUAAAAGAAUAUUUUGAAAAUCGACUUAUAUCAGAUGAGAUAACGAAUAAGAAAAUUUUGUAAAAAACACACCAAAAUGAAAAGAUGCAGAUUUUAGUUUUUUGAGAAUUCUUAUAGUAUUUACCUUAACUUUAUUCAUAAAGUUAUGAGAAUUCUUAAUUUUUAACUUUUUAUGCAGCAGUUGGUAAUGAUUUUAAAUUGUGAUACAAAAAAAUACUUGUUAGUAUACAAAAAAUAGAUUUUAGCACAUUAGUUGUUUAAAGAACACUUUAUUCACUGGUGAAUGUUUCAUUUACCUAUUUUUUGUUAACUCUUUAGUUAUUUUUCUACUUUUCAUUGAUUAUUAUUAUUAAUAAUGGUUGAUAUGAAUUACAUUUAGAAAAAGUGAUUGGUUCAUUGUCUUUUAACAGAAUUCAUUUCAUUUUCUGUUCAUUGUUAUGUUGCAACAUUUGUUAAAUUAAGUACAAUUAAAAUUGUUAUGAUUGAAAAUUUAUGAAAAAAAAUUACCAAGAACUUGUUAAAGUUUUCACCAUGAUGGCUUCUUCUCUAUUAAAACAAAUCAAACUGUUCUUAUUAGUUGAUAAUUUAAUAUUUUUAUUAGUUGAAAUCAAUUAUAAAAAGAUGGUUAAUCUUAAUGGAAAAGUAUUAAUGAAGAUAAAGCAUUAGAUUAAAAUAGGAUUUUUUUUUAGUAAUUAGUUUUAGUCGCCCUUAAACUUUUAUGGGAGAAAAUUAUUGACAUAUUUAAUUUAGUGUAGUAUUUUUAGCUAAUAUUUAGUUUAAUUAAUAUAUUUGAUAAUAUAUAUCAAAUGUUUAUGGAAAUUAAACAUUCUACAAUGAAACAACUAAAUGUUUUAUCAUCACUUGACAUAAAUAAUUGCUAUUUUUCAUAACAAAUUGUUACAUAUAACAUCAGUAUUAUUCAGUAAAUAAAUCAAAUGACACACACAAUUUUUUUCUGUGCUUUUAGUAAAAUAACACAAUAUGUUUUGUUUAGUAGUAUUCUGAUAAAAAAGUGUAUGCUAAAAAUAUGUAUGCAGUUUUGAAUAAUUUAAAGAGCUUUGUAACUUAACAGCAAUAUGUAUGUGGAAGUGUUGUUGACAUUGCUGUGCUAAUCAAAAAACUAGGAUAUAGAUUUAUACAUCAUAUAUAUAUAUUUAUAAUUUGUCACAUGUUGAGAAAUGCAAUUAAAAUGUUUCUUGGUUGA